UCGGCUGGAGAGAAGACAGCCUUCGCCGCUUGCUGUCCCCGAGCGGAAGUUGCACCGGGCCACAAAGCGGCCCAUCUUGGGGAUGAUCCAAUUCAUUCUGCUCAUCAGCCGGCAGGGCAAGACCAGGCUGAAGAAGUGGUUUGUUCCAUGCCCGGAGCGGGACCAGUUCCGGACCAUCAAGGAGGUGUCCAGCCUCAUUCUGAGCAGAUCUCCCAAGGUCUGCAACUUCUUGGAAUGGCGAGACUACAAGCUGUGCUACAAGCGCUACGCCAGCCUCUUCUUCAUCGCUUGCGUGGAGGGGAAUGACAACGAGCUUCUGGCGCUUGAGACGGUCCACCAUUUUGUAGAGUGCCUGGACCGCUACUUCGGCAACGUCUGCGAGUUGGACCUGAUCUUCAAUUUCCACAAGGCCUACUACAUCUUGGACGAGAUCUUGAUCAGCGGCGAGCUGCAGGAGUCGAGCAAGAGAGCAGUGCUCCACCACAUCUCCGAGCAGGAUGCCAUGAUGCAGGAGAACGAGCAGGCCAAGCGCAAGGGCUGAGAGAUGCCUGCGAACUUUCGCCGCGUUGCGGAAGGCGAAAGGACACGGACGGUGCUUCAGACGGAUGGUACUCUUUGUUGCAUUUUGCUUGGAGAUUAGGACUUUAACUUGUUGC